AUGCACGCAUCAUUAGGUUCUGCUGAAGGAAAGGAAAACAAGGCCUACAUGGCCAUGGGAGAAGAAGCGGUGGCAAAAGAACGAAACGGCAAAACGUUUAUCACAGGACUUCAUUUACCACCAUUCUUAUCUGCAUACCAAUCAAUGGCACGUGCGACUAACUGGCUUUCGUUUUCGCUCUCGCCCAUGGAAAUGCUCCGAACCUCUGAACCUCAGUUCGUGCAAUACGACGCCGCUUCAGCAACCAACUCGCAUCACUACUUUCUCGAUAACUUGUACGCUAACAACGGUAAUAUAUAUAGUAGCCACUUAGUAGUACUUACUUGCUUACCACUUCCUGCUUACUGGUUUGGUAAAAACAAGCGCACGUGA